AUGGCCGAGAAGCUAACUGAGUGGAACAAGUCCACUUUUGGCAAUGUCUUUCAAAAGAAGAGGAGACUGCUUAGCCGAAUCCAUGAGAUCCAAAAGAAGAUUGCUAAUGACUUCUCCCCAGGGCUCUUCAAACUCCAAUCGAAGCUUGAGAAGGAGCUUGAUGAUGUGCUUGAACAAGGGGAACUGAUCUGGUUCCAGAGGUCAAGGGAGCAGUGGGUGCGAUUUGGAGAGCGGAACACUGCCUAUUUUCACCAGCAAGCGAUCAUUCGAAGACGGAGGAACAGGAUAGCGAGCCUGAAAAACGACAACGGAGAGUGGGUGUCUGAUCCGCAGGAGUUGGCGGCCAUGGUUUUUGACUUUUUUGCUCUUCUAUACCUGCAGGAUGAUCAAGAGUACUCGGAUAACAUGCCUAAACAUGCUUUCCCGAGGUUGUCUCAGGAUGAUUUCCGCCAGCUUCUCCUCCCCUUCACAGGAGCGGAUAUUUUUAAGGCGAUCCAAGACAUGAAGCCUUUUCAAGCCCCGAGCCCGGACGGGUUUCAAGCCAUUUUCUAUCAAAGAUCGUGGCAGGUGGUCGGGAAAGCGCUUAUUGACUUGGCUCUUAGUUUUUUCUCUACAGGUGUCCUUCCGGAGGAAGAGGUGGAGUCGACAGUGGUUCUCAUCCCCAAGGUAGAUCAUCCGGAGAUGGUUUCACAGCUGCGCCCGAUCUCCCUCAACAAUGUGUGCCUGAAAGCCAUUAUCAAAGUCAUCACCAACCGACUUAAGCCCAUCAUGAAGAAGCUAGUGUCUCCCAGACAAAGCAGCUUCAUUCCUGGCCGUCAGACCACAGAUAACAUCAUUGUUUUGCAGGAAGUUCUUCACACUUUGAGAAAGAGGAAGGGCAAGAAAGGAGGGAUCGUGCUAAAAAUUGACUUGGAGAAGGCGUAUGACCGGCUCAGAUGGGACUUCCUCCGGGACACUCUCAAGGAAAUUGGCCUUCCUAGCUCGUGGAUUAGCUUCAUCAUGUUUUGUGUCGAACACAACAGGAUGAGAUUGCUAUGGAACGGAGAGCUCUCUGGUCCGAUCAUUCCUACCAGAGGCGUUCGUCAGGGAGACCCUUUAUCUCCUUACCUUUUUUUGUUAUGCAUGGAAAGAUUGUCUCGUAGAAUUGAACAGGCUAUAGGGGACAGGCUUUGGAAGCCAUUGAGAUUGUCCAAAGAAGGUCCCCCUAUAUCUCAUCUGUUUUUUGCAGACGAUCUUAUUCUUUUUGCAGAAGCUGAUAGCUCUCAAGUCAGGAUCAUUAAGCAAUGCCUCGAUGAGUUUUGCCAGAGCUCGGGACAAAGAGUUAACUACAACAAGUCGGCUAUCUUUGUCUCAGCUAAUAUUGAUCGGAGGAGAGCUUGCCGCCUCUCUUCUCGGGCUGGGAUUCCGCUCACGGUGGAUUUAGGGCGCUACCUUGGGGUAAUGGCAAUUCACGGGCGAGUGACUAAGGCGAGGUAUCGGGACCUGAUGCUGAGAAUUCAGAAGAAGCUCGCUCCAUGGAAAGCCAGACACCUCUCCCUAGCGGCCCGGAUUACAGUGGUGAAAUCUAUAUCUGCCUCUAUCCCCAUUUAUCCUAUGCAAACAGAACUGCUUCCUGUGAAUGUUUGCAGGUCUCUUGACCGGAUUAAUAGAGGCUUCAUCUGGGGGGACACUGAAGCCAAGAAGAAAAUUCACCUGGUUGGAUGGCAGUAG